CAGAAAAAAACAGUAAAAAUGCAGGCAGGGCACAGGACAAAAGCACUCGGGACAUAAUUGUAUUGAGUGAAUGUCACUUUUAAAAUUUUUGAAUUACCCCCCGGUUCCGUCCCCCAUACGUCCCAACGCUCGCAGGGAACGGAACCGAAAGACGGAUGGUGGCAUCGGCCGGAGGAGAUGGCCGGGGACGCUGCAGGGGGCACAUCGCGGGAGCGCAGGACAAGGUAAGUGAAAUAGGGAUCCCGGAGCAACGCUGCAGGGUAUUCCUGAGUGUAGCUCGGGGUUACUGCUUUUGGUACUGAAA